AUGGGAUCAUGUUAUAGUAGAAAAAAUAAAGUAUCAACAAUAUCAUUAGAUGAAGAGGAAAAAAAAAAAGAAAAAAAGAAGAAAAAAAAAAUAUAUAUUUUAAAUGGAGCAUCUGGGUCAGGAAAAGAUACACAAUGUAGAUUAUUAGAAAAAAAAUACAAUUAUAAAAUAAUUUGUAUAAGUAAAUUAUUAAAAGAAUAUAAAGAAGAAUAUAAUAAAGAAAAUGUAUUAAAUGAAGAAGAAAAUUAUUUUGAUGAAAUAGAAAAAUGUAUGAUAGAUGGAUCUUUAGUUAAUGAUCAAAUUGUUAUAGAGAUAUUUCAUAAACAAUUGAACAAAUAUAUAAAUGAUGAUAAAUAUAAUGGUAUUAUAAUAAAUGGUUUUCCUAGAAAUUAUGAACAAGCUUUAUUAAUUAUACAAAACAAUAUAAGUAUAACGAAAUUUAUAAAUAUACAAGUAGGAAAAGAUACUCUAUGGACAAGAAUAAAUAAUAGAAUUAUCGAUCCAAUUACAAAUAUAAGUUAUAAUGAAAAUAUAAUACAAAUAAUUAAAAAAAAAAGAGAAGGACAAGAACUAUCAGACAAAGAACAAAAACAAUUGAUCAUAGACAAUCAUUUAUAUAAUAAUUUAAGUAAUGAUAUUUUAGAAAGAUUAACAAAAAGAAAAGAUGACGAAGAACAGGUUUUCAAUAAAAGGUUUCAAUUAUAUAUAGAAAGCGAACAAAAAAUUAAUUCUCUAUUUAAAAAUAUUUGUAAAAAUGUUGAUGGAGAAAAAUCGAUAAAUGAUAUAUUUGAUCAAAUAUGCUCCAUUAUAGAUGAUAACCCCAAUUAA